AAAUGAUAUAUCAAGAAGAAUUUAUUUCCCCUAGUUUAUAUUCCUGGAGAAGAAUACAACUUCUAUUAAAGUUUAUUAGUUAAUAGAAAUUAAAAUAGAAUGUCCAACAUAGUACAGUAUAUAAUUGUUCGUAGUGAUUUAAAAUCAGUUCUUAAUUGGCCACUAGGAGCUGUUAUCGCCCAAUGUUGUCAUGCCACGGCAGCUGUUAUGCAUUUAAAUAGUGAAGAUUCUGAUACAAGGAAGUACCUUCAGGAUCUAGACAAUAUGCACAAAGUUGUCCUUGAAAUCAAAGAUGAAGACAGCAUAAAAGCAUUAAGUGAAAAGUUAAAAGAAAAUGACAUCAGUCAUAAGCUGUGGAUUGAACAACCUGAAAAUAUUCCCACAUGCAUUGCUGUUAAACCUUAUCCUAAGGAAAAUGUGCACAAAUAUUUAAAAGGACUGAAACUCAUGAAGUGAACGUUGAUCUCGAAUUUGAGUUAUCUCUUUUGUACGAAAAUGAAACAAGUUUUUUAUUAAAUUAAUUCAAAAACA